AUGAACGUAUUCAAUAGACUUAAAUCCAAUUCAAAUGCUAGUGAGAAACCAUCUGUCGUCAAUACAAACCUUGCAGAAGGACCUGUCUCACAUGAACCUAAAUUAACACCAACCAACAAGUUUACACCUGUGGUACAUCCUCCCUUGACGAACGAGCAAAAAGAAAAGGCUGCCAAAUUGAAGGCCUACAUUGAGUCCAUUAUGCUUCCUGAAACCGAUAAGUAUUAUCCCAGUGAAAGAGGCUUCGUUACCGAUAGCACUGUUAAAAGAUACAUGCGUGCAAGAAAAUGGGAUUACGAGCAAGCAAAGACAAUGUUGGAAAACACUGUGCGUUGGAGACGUGAUUAUCGUCCUGAUGAACUUGAUCCUGAAUACAUCAAGCCAGAGGCUGAAACAGGCAAAAUGUACUAUAACGGUUUUGAUAAGUGUGGUCGUCCUGUUUGGAUUAUGAGACCUAGACUCCAAAACUCCAAGGACGGUGAACGUCAAAUCAAGCACAUUGUAUAUAGUUUAGAACGCGGUAUUCGUUUGAUGCCUGAACAAGUCGAAAAUCUAGCUAUCAUUGUUGACUUUAAAGACGCUUCUUCUUCCCAUAACCCCAGUAUAGCUACUUGUAAGAAAUUUUUGGAAAUAUUAGGUAAUCAUUACCCUGAACGAUUGGGUAUUGCUUUUGUUGUCAAAUCACCUUGGUUCUUUGUUGCCACAUUCAAAAUCAUCUCUCCAUUUAUGGACCCUGUCACUAAAAACAAGAUCAAGUUUAAUGACAUUAGCAACGAAUGGGUACACUUGACGGACUAUAUUGAGCCUGACCAAUUAGAAACUGACUACGGAGGAGACUUUAACUACGCAUAUCAAUUAGAGCCUUAUUGGAGCUUGCUUCUUGAAAAGACAGGCAAUCCAUACAAAGUCAUUGACUACAAUUAA